AUGGUGAUUCGCAUGAGAAUCGUGCCGUAUUUGUGGAAUGACCACGCAGUUUCACACAAUCCCGAAAAAAGGCCGCCAGGACCGUUUUUGAUCGAUGUCCGCAGCUGCCGGCCGUUUGUAAAAUGUGGUGGCGGUCGGGUCCCAAAAGGUUUGCCUCCUUAUUUCUUCGGUACCCUGAACCAUCUGGGCGCUCCGGGGCUUCUAUAUUGGCUUAUCUUGAGCCUUUUUCUCAUUCCUUUCCAAUUCCGACAAAAUUGUCGUUUUUCCGCUUAUGCCGUGUUUGAAGUAACUUCCGCAAAAUUCACAACUAUCUCUGACACUCCAAAGUUUCCAAAAAAAAAUCUCAAAACCAAGAGAAACUGUACUAUUACAAAAUAUUGAUUUAAAAAUUAUUAAACUGGAAAAUUUUUAGUGGCCACUAUAGAGGCUCCCCAAGGACUACUUUGAGAGGACACUUAAGUGGCCACUAAACCCACCUCUAUAGUGGUCACUAUUUUCCGUUUUAGUGGCCCCUGUAGAUGUUCUCUGAUUAGUGACCACUUCAGUAGUUUUUUAUCCAAUGUACAAACUUCGACCUCUAUCGUGGCCAUUAAUUUUUUACCCCUUUAGUGGCCACUAAAAAUUUUCCCAGUAAUUCGAACACGGAUUAGAAAUAAUUACGCAAAAUUACGCGCGAAAUUCAAAACUUUUGGAUAUUAUUAAACCGAUUUUGCGCGUGAAAGUCUCCAUCUUUUUCUAGAACCUAGCUUUUUUUUAAAGCUUUGAAAAUUCUAUUUUUGAGUGUUUCGCGGGAUAAUUUUGAACUAAAAAGGCCAAUUUUUAAUCGCCGAAGUUUUCCUAACAGGGCGUCAGUUUUGAACCCCGCAAGAACAUUUCGAGCCAGCUUGUCACGUUUUUAUCUCUGUCAAAAAUACAGUAUAUCAUUUUUCGUUUCGAGACCUGUUUUUUGUAGUUCUUUUUUGAAAAGUCUCGAUAAAACAGCGUGAAAAGCUGAGUUCACGGUAGCUUUUUUAAGCGUUUUGCUCAAAAAACAUGAUUUUUUUGCCCGGAAUAUACUAUAUUUCUUCUAAAAUGCGGUUUUUUUCGAAGAAUUAAAAUAAAAAAACAAUUUUUGAGGUGAGUUUAUUUAAAGUGAAUUCAAGUUUUUAUUUUAACGUUAAUACGGAAAAAGCUCCAACUUUCUCGUUGACUCAUUCUUUUUGACGUUGGAAAUCGAAAAACGGCUCAAAAUCCGGAAGGAGUUGUUUUUGACGUGGAAUGGCGGCCGAGUGAGUAAAACAAUAGGAUGGACAAUGGUAGGAGUUUGUCCAGCACACAGGAAACAAGAUCAGAUGCCGGUUUCCGAAUACAGAGGGGCGAAAGAAGCGGCUGACCGGCCCGGCUUUUUCCCCGUCGGCUCGAUUAAAUAUUACACUUUUCUCCCAACGUACGUGCCCUCGAGGUGAACAUCUCUAAUGUUCUCUUUUACGACCUCAAUUGACUGUUUUCUAAAUGACUUUUUAAAGCCCGAAUUGAUGAGAAGCUUUCUUCUUUACAUAUUAUUUUUUGCGGAAAAUCCUGCCUUCACUUAGGAACUCUAGAGCGGUCCUUAUAGGGCUUUUGGAGAGUCCCCUCUAGGGGUCAUUUUGCCAACCCCUAUAGGUACCCCUAAAGCUUCCAAAAGUGGCCCCUACACGGGACAUUCUAGUCGAUAAAUUUAAUGAACUCGAUGCGAGGUAGCGUUUCCAUGCAAAAAACUUUAAAAGAUUAACCUUGUUUUAAUAAAAUUGUACGACCCCUAUAGGGACCCCUUAAGCUUUAGGUGCUAAGGGUCAGACCCUGAACCCUUAUAGGGACCCUUUAAGCUUUAGGUGCUGAGGGGCCAGACCCUUAACCCUAUAGGGAUAACUUUGAAAUUCCUGAGUCAACCCGUUGAUUCCUCAAGAAGGAGCAUGCUAUUAUACUGUUUGCGCCUACUCGGCCGACCAUAACCCCGUUCCAAAUACGGUUCGCCUUUUAUUGACACAUCGCCACACGCAUCAACCCUUCAACGCAAACUGACAAACUGACAAGUUGCCCUGCCCGUCACUCUUUUCCUUUUUUUCUGCCUAACCUGGGCCGUUUUACGGCUUUUUUAUCACCUUUUCGUUGAAUAACCUUUCCUCCUAUCUUUGAAAAGGUAAACCUGCACUUUUGAUCGAUCUUUUUUGAAUUCAACUCAAAAGGGAAAUGUGAAGUUUGGAUAAUUCUAUAAGUUUUCCCAAACUCUUUGAAUAUUUCUCGAGAUCGCUAGGAACUCUUAUUCUAGAAGAUGUGAACUUUCAAAAUUGCGAAAUAUUGCUCUCAGGCCUUGAUUUAUGAAAGAAUUUUUUAGUGGCCACUAUAGGGUUUUGACGUUUUAGUGGUCACAAUAGUAGUCAAAUUAGUGGCCACUUAAGGGAUUGAAAAUUAGUGGCCACAAUAGAAGUCUUAGUGCUACUACGAGACCAUUAAAAAUUUUAGUGGCCACUUUAGGGGUUAAUGGAUCAACAUAACUGGUCCAAUCUGUUUGUUUUAAAAUUAUCAGAGUUACUGGAAGGAAUACUGGAUGAAAAACUACUGAAGUGGCCACUAAAACGGAAAAUAGUGGCCACUAUAGAGGUGGGUUUAGUGGCCACUUCAGUGCCUUCUCCAAGUAGUCCUUGGCGAGCCUCUAUAGUGGCCACUAAACGUUUUCCCAGUUGUUUAUUUUUUAAACCAAUAUUUUGUAAUGGUACAGUUUUUCUAGACUUUCAGACUUUUUUUUUUGGAACUUUUCCGGAUUCCUAAUUACAAUUUCUGCCAUGGUUAGUCAUCUAUGGCUUUCCAUGACUUUUGGAUGAUCCUAAGCCUUUUAGUGAUCUUUCAAGUAGUUUUUAUACCUCUUUAGGGCCCACUUGAAAAAUUUGCAUUAGUCCCGUGGAUUCAUAAGCAUCUAAUAAAUAACUGUCAGCUUUCUUAAGCUUGUUACAUAACUUUCGCGCUCCAUGGAUACCAAAAAACUUUCCCUUUUCUCUAUUAUUUCCUUUGUCACAAAACCUUCGGACUUUUAAAAAUGGCAGUUUCAUUGACCGUCGGAUUUAUUCGAUUUCUGAAGCGGCUUUCCUUUCACACUGCUCAAUGAUCAUUGUUAUGAUGUCCAGGCCUUCCAAAUUGCGGUCAUAAAAAAUCUCAUUUUGAAUGGAGGAUAUAUUCGGACAAUGAGACAUUUAAAAGUGCUAUAACUGUUGCUAGAUGGUUUUAUGAUUUUGAGAAUUGUCAUUUUUGACUGGACUUUAAAGGAGAAAAUUGAACUGAAUUUUGAAAUCUAGCUUAUUCUAGACUGUAGUUGAUGAUAGGUUGCUGAUCCAUUUUUGGGGGAAAUUUGUUUGUAUUUGGUCUAAAAAUUUUUUACGGCAUUACGAGGGGACUAUGAGUGAUGCCUAUGCGAAUGAAAAAUUUGGAUUGAUUUUUUUCAGUUCCAGUCAGAUAAGCUGAUCCAGAUUUAUCUACAAACUUAUCGGAGGAUAUAAGCUUUAUCUAAAAGUGUAUAAAAGUGUCAGAAGAUAAUAUUAUCAUCUACAGAAGUAGGAAAAGAUCUAUUCGAAGUGUCAGAAGUUAAAAGCUUCAUCCACAAAAGUAUGAGAAGAUAGAAGCUUCAUCUGAAAAUCAUCAGAUGGUACAAACUUAAUCUAAAAAUGUAUGAGAAGAUUCAAACUUUAGCUUCAAGUGUAUCAGAUGAUUUAAUCUUCACCUACAAAAGUAUCUGAUGCUGUGAGCUCAUUAUCUCAUUUCUACAUCCCGAGCGGUCGUUCUUCAUUUCCGCUCGCCUGGGAUUUAAUCCGACGUCCGGCAGCUCUUAACAAGCUGGGUGCCGUACUGCUUCUACAUGGAGAAGAAGCUGAUCAUCGGAACGCUCAAAACCCGUUUACUACUCUCUCAAAAAAGACGUCAAGCUCUACAAGUCGCUCUUGAUCAACGACAGUUCCAAGAACCAACAAACAACACUUUAAUUAUUCCAUGAUCCAGCAGAGGAGCUUCUCUGAAGACUGAGCUGAAUCUACAACUCUAUCAGAUGAUAUGGUUCUGCCACCAGGAGUUGAUUGACCCCGGUAUCGGCAGGGAGCAGGAACCGCGAAGAGCCGCCGCCGCCGCCUUGGCCGUGCUGACCGCCGCAAACAAACUCCAAGUCGGUCCAUUGUGCAGUGUCUGGGCCUCUCCCACCUUCCACGCACUCUUUCCGACCGACUCGUUCGCACUCCAAAAACAACCGUUCCUCCUCCUCCGCCUUUUACCUGCACCCUGUCGUGUUUCGCCCGCUUUGGUCCAGCCUGUUGGUCCCAACAAUCCACUAUCCAAUUACCAGCCGCUUCUCAAUUCUAUUUUUUGCCUGUUUUCUUCUUCCUCUCUUGAACUUUUGUGCGCCGUCGGAUUUUUGGUUCUCGGAUUUUGA